AUGCCAGACGGAGCUGAUUCUUCUGGGAACGAGUCAGGGGACGCAGUGUGGUCAAAUCCGUACAAUAUCUUUACCACUACGACCUGUGGGCCGUACGGCAUCAGCUUGAAGAUCGAACACUCCAGCAAAACACACAUUUUAAACGAGGAAGUCUUCGGUACCGUUGCAUUCAUCGGCCUUUCCAGAGCAAACACUUGGGACAUCAUGGGGUUGCUAGACUUGUCGUAUGAUCACGACUUUGAUGCCAUAGCGAUAUCACCGCCUGGUCAUGGAAACACAACACAGGUAGAGGAAGACGGCGGAGGAUUUUGGAGCCCAGCGAACUUCCUCAAAAACGGACUGGAAUCUUGCUUGGGCGUGUCUCUAGCAAAGACAGUCGUUGUAUCCCAUAGCAACUUCGUCACCCGCAAGUAUUUCCUUCCGCUUCUGAUGUCAGAAAUCGCCCUGGGUUUCGUGCUCUUUGAUAGCUCUGUUGGCACCGAGUGGAUGGAUGAAUACGACACGGAUGUCAACGACCACAAGUUCUACCAAUAUGUUGGGAAAAGACGUUUAGCCGCAGCGGAAAAUAUUAUUCAAGCUCUGGAGGCCAGAUACCAGAAGCGAAAUUCCCCGAGUGUGAUAGGCAGCAGCCCUUUGCAUGGUGACGGCCUAGCGCUGCAGCAACAUGUUCCACGAAUACUGGCAGCUACAUCACUUAAAGGGUACUGCCGCGCUGAACCUGAAGGACCAGAUGAUGCAUUUCCGACGAAUAGCACGCUUGGCCCGUUCGACUUUUUCCCAGGAAAGUACAAGUUGCCAGGGUGGGACACAGCAAGAAGGCGUUACCGAGAGACUCCAUUGGAUGCUCCGGCCGACGAAGGAAUGGAAACUCGAUUAGUAAGCAGCGAAUAUUUCGCCCCGCUUCGUGCUGCUCUUGCUGAAUUUCUUGAAGAGUUGAAAAGCUUGUCGCUCCAAGGGAAGCUGCAGGCUGAACAGCCACGGCCGCUUCGCUUCAACAACCGGCAAGUUGAAUACGACAAGUCAAGAGAGAACACUACAAAGGUAGACCCGAUGGCAGUUUAUUGCAUUCAAGAAUCAGUUACUGAACAAUCGGCUGCCCGGUCAGGUCCCUCAAGUGAGCCCCCCAUAGUACAUCUUGUUGACCCAGAAAAGUAUCUGCUUCAGAAAAAAGCUAAAGCACUGCGUAGCUCCUCCACCACUACGCCGCCUCCUCAUGCAACAAGGAGGAGGCCCAUAGACAGUCCCCCGAUGGAAGUAGGCUUCUCCAUUGGAGCCGUCAUCAGCAACUGGAAACCUUGA